AUGGAUGUUGCGUGUUUCUCUCCCUCCCUCUCCCGCACAGACGCAUUGGCCCCUCAACUCACCUCCUCCCCCUCCCUCACCACCAUCUCCCUCCACCGCUGCUUCGGCCUCACCCCUCGCACGUCCCCUCUUUCCCUCCCUCCCUCCCUCUGUCCCCCUCUUUCCUUCCUCCUCUCUUCUCCUCUUCUCCCCUCCAACCCUGCCAGCACAGAUGCAUUGGCCCCUCAUCUCGCCCCCUCCCCCUCUCUCAUCACCAUUUCCCUCCACCGCUGCGUCGGUGUCUCACCUCCCACACACUGUUUCCUUCUUCUAGCAGCUCUCAGCAAACCGGGAUUGAUGCUUACCUUUCUCCAUCCUCGUCUCUUCCCUUCCCUCCCUCUCCCCUUCUUCCCCUCUCCUCCCCUCUCCUCCCCUCUCCUCCCCUCUCCUCCACCCACCAGAGUAGCCACAUUAGCGCCUCACCUCGCCGCCUCCCCCUCCCUCACCACCAUCUCCCUCCACCACUGCUUCGGCCUCACACCCUACACUCCCCUCUCUCCUUCCCUUCCACCUCCUCCCCCCAACCCCACCAGCACAGAUGCUUUGGCGCCUCACCUUGCCGCCUCCCCCUCCCUCACCACCAUCUCCCUCCACCGCUGCUUCGGCCUCACACCCCACACCGUCUCCCUCCUUUUAGAAGCUUCCAGGAAACCUGGCUCCGUGCUGACUACCCUGGUCUUCAGCCACGUGGACAGGCUCUCUGUCCGCCACGUGGCACCUCCAGAAAUUCCUCAGAAGGAGUCUCCUCCUCGAGAGGAGGAGGAUGGGCUCAUGUCGUUUCUUGGUCUCACUCAAAAGAAACAGGAGGAGGCUUGUGGCGAGAAGACGCUCGUUAGGUGGGGAGGAGAAGAGCUGGGGAUUGUGCAAAAGGGUGUAAAUCCCGCCGCCCUUCCCCUCGUUUGGAGGGCCACGUCCUGCCCUCCUCACUCCAUCUACAUCAUCCCGCCGCCCUUCCCCUCGAUUUUCCAUGCUCUCUUCUCGCCCCCUCUGUCCUCGCAGGCCUCAGCUGCCCGCAUCUCGAGCUCCUGUGUCUUGGCGGAUCCCGCUUCCCCGUUCUCCCUCACGCCCUUUCCCUUCCCUUUGCGCUCCCCUUGCUCCACCCUCGCGACUCUCCCCCUGCCCACGCCACGCCCUCAGCUGCCCGCAUCUCGAGCUGCUCUGUCUUGGCGGAUCCUGCUUUCCCAUCCUCCCUCCCUCACGCCCUCCCCCACUUCUCCCUCUCCCAUCGCACUCCCUUUGCUUGCCCCUCGCUCUCCCUUCACUACUCUCCUUCUUGCAGGCCCUUAA